AUGAAAACCCUUGGGUGCACUUCAAGGUAUACCAAAUGUUUCCUCUUCUUCAACUUUUUCGUGGGAAUCGCCCUGUUGGGAUUCUUCCAUAAAACUAGUGAAAAUCUAUUCUGGAGGAGCUCCGCACAGUUGCUGGUAACUCCCACACCGUGUCACAUCAAAACCAAUGUCAUGUUCCUGAAGACCCACAAGACUGCCAGCAGCACUGUCCUGAACAUCCUGUUUCGGUUCACAGAGAAGUAUAACCUUACCAUCGCCCUCCCAGCUGACCAGCGCUUCCACCUGGGUUACCCGAAGAGAUUCAUGACCAGCUUUGUGGAGAAAUUUCAAACCAAAGGGCAAAACUACAACAUCAUGUGCAACCACCUGCGGUUUAACCCCUCAGAGGUGCAUAAGGUGAUGCCAGGGAACACCUUCUAUUUCUCCAUCCUGAGGAAUCCUAUUUUUCUGCUGGAAUCUUCCUACGUCUACUACAAGAACGUGGCCCCUGCCUUCAGAAGCUCCAAGGACAUGAAUGAGUACCUGGCAUUGCCCUUGAAAUAUUACCAUGAGGAGGAUUACACGAAAAACAUCUACGCCAAGAAUAACAUGUGGUUUGACUUUGGCUAUGAUAACAAUGCAGAGGACAAUCAAAACUACACCCAGGAGGUCUUAAAGGAGAUUGAACAGAACUUCCACCUGAUCUUGAUAGCAGACUACUUUGAUGAGUCCAUGAUCCUCCUGAAGCGCACUUUGUGCUGGGAUCUAGAUGAUGUGAUCUACUUUAAGCUCAAUUCCAGAAGCAAUGACACUGUCCAGACCUUGACUCCUGAAAGCAAGGAGAAGAUAAAGACGUGGUGCUCGCUCGACUGGAACCUCUACCUGCACUUCAACCAGAGCUUCUGGAGGAGAAUUGAGGAGACCAUAGGACUUGAGGAGCUGGAGAAAGAGGUAAAUCACCUGCGGAUGAGACAGAAGGAGCUCAUGAAGACCUGCCUCUUGGGCCAAGAGGCAGUAGUGAAGACUCACAUCAAGGACAAAACUCUCUUGCCUUAUCAGUCAGGGGAUGCAGAUAUCCUUGGUUACAACGUCAGACCAGACUUAAACAACGAGACUCUGAAAAACUGCCAGAAAAUGAUUAUGCCAGAACUCCAGUACAUGUCCUAUCUUUACUCCCUUCAGCACCCACACAAGAAGAGGAAACCGUUAGACCUUCCCUUGCCGUGGAGCAGUUCCCUGGAGAAGACACAGGUCCCAAGUCAAAACUAG